UGUCGAGGCUGUGGUUGUUUAGUCUUCGCUUGAUGAAUUCAAAUUAUUCAGAGGAACGUUCUGGUUUCUGCUUCCGGGAAAAGAUAAUAUGUAGAUUGUAUGAUUUACCGGCGGUAUAUGGAACUUGAACGCUUCGAGUAGUCCCUGAUCUUGGUGGCGUGUGAGAGGAUUCGCUAGAUUGGUGUUUAUAAAGUGAUAUAAUCAUGUUUGGGCGUGCUUCAAGGAAGAGUGAUAACACCAAAUACUACGAAGUACUUGGCGUCCCAAGAAAUGCCAGUCAAGAUGAACUUAAGAAGGCAUAUCGAAAAAGUGCCAUAAAGAAUCAUCCUGACAAAGGCGGUGAUCCUGAAAAGUUCAAGGAGUUGGCUCAAGCUUAUGAAGUUCUUAGUGAUCCAGAGAAAAGAGAAAUGUAUGACCAAUAUGGCGAAGAUGCUCUUAAAGAGGGAGUAGGAGGGGGUAGUGCUGGUCAUGAUCCAUUUGAUAUAUUUGAAUCGUUCUUCCAUGGAGACUCUUUCUUUGGUGGAGGAUUUGGUGGACGAUUUGGUGGUGCUAGUAGUUCUAGAAGGAGAAGGCAGAAACGAGGGGAGGACGUGGUGCAUCCUAUGAGAGUUUCUUUGGAGGACUUGUACAAUGGGACUAUGAAGAAAGUUUCUCUUUCCAGGAACAUAUUGUGCCCCAAAUGCAAAGGGAAAGGUUCCAAAAGUGGAGCCACUAGCCGAUGUUAUGGAUGCCAAGGUACAGGAAUGAAGGUCACGACACGCCACAUUGGAAUGGGAAUGAUUCAACAAAUGCAACAUGUCUGUCCUGAAUGUGGAGGCACAGGUGAGGUCAUUAGUGAGAAGGAUAGGUGCCGCCAAUGCCAAGGAAGCAAGGUGUCCCAAGAGAAGAAGGUGCUCGAGGUGCAUGUUGAGAAGGGGAUGAAGAACGGCCAGAAAAUUGUGUUUGAUGGACAAGCAGAUGAAGCUCCCGACACCAUUACUGGAGAUAUUGUUUUUGUCUUGCAAGAAAAGGAGCAUCCCAAGUUCAAGAGGAAAUUCGAUGAUCUUGAGGUGGAGCAUAAACUAAGUUUGGCUGAGGCACUCUGCGGUUUUCAAUUUGUCCAGACCCAUCUUGAUGGCAGGCAGCUUCUCAUCAAAUCUAACCCUGGAGAGAUUAUUAAGCCUGGUCAAUCCAAAGUGAUCAAUGAUGAGGGAAUGCCUCAGCACGAGAGGCCCUUCAUGAAGGGUCGACUCUUCAUACACUUUGAUAUAGAAUUCCCGGACUCGGGGGUUCUGUCCCCAGAGAAAUGCCAGGCUCUGGAGAAAGUCCUACCGCCGAGGCAGGGCAGGACUUUGUUGAAUGUGGACCAGUGUGAGGAGACCACAUUACAUGAUGUCAACAUGGAGGAAGAGGCAAGACGGCAGCACCGUCACCGUCAGCGUGAGGCUUAUUUUGAGGAUGAGGAUGAAGACGAUGAUGAUGAACAUUCAAUGCCACGAGUACAGUGUGCUCAGCAGUAAGGCCUGGCCCUAUUGCCAGCGGUCACAGAUGUUGUCUGCAGGUACCAAUCUUUUUCUAUCCAAAACGGCCUAGAGGUAACCCACCCCUUGGGGUCGCUCCACUGGGUUCAAAAGAAAUGAAGCCUGAGGCCCUUGUCCUUGGAAGGGAGACGCUAUUGAUGCUACAGCUUCUUGGCGUCGGCAGCAGGUUUUCAUUUUAAUUUACCUAAAGUAAGCUACAGUAUAUGCUCGUUCUUUCUAGUUAUGCGGUGUUUUUUUGUCGUGUUAGGCCCUUUGUUAUCAAUUUACUAAAGCAAAGUUGAGCUUAAUGAAUAUCACAUGUAGUAUUUUGAUCAGAUGAACCAGAUUGAAUAUGGA